AUGUUAUUUGCAGGUUCAAAAUCACUUAGUAGCUUCCCCAGCCAUAAAUCUCAAACUCCCUGCAGUCCUAUACCAAAUUUAAGAUCUGAUUCUUAUGGAGGCUCUACAUCAAGUUUGCCAGAUAUCAGAACUGGCAAUCGUCCUAGAAAUUAUGGUAGCAAAGAAAAAUUAUCCGAAAAGGUACUUACAAAAAAAUCUAAUUUUUCAAAUGAAGACCUAGGACCAAAUCUGUUACAACGAACGAAUUCUGUAGGAAUGGUGAAUGGGUGGAAAGGAGGAAGUUUACCAUAUGUAGAACAGACAGAUUCUGCUGCAAGUAGCCCUAGGCAUACCAAUCUGGAAAUGUCAAGGCAUACUGUAGAGGGUGAGAGUUCUAGUAGCAGUAUAUCACAGCCUUCUGCUGCAAAUGCAGAAGAUUCAUCUCUACCAAGGCGGUUGACUCGUUCAUCAAGAGAUGGCGCUGGUGUUCAAAAAUCUCCUCCUAGAGAAAGCACAGGAUUUGGUCUUCGAAAGAGCAGUGAAAGUAGUUUGCAUGCACUUCGGCCUGAUGGUGAAAUAAGUUUGUUGAAUGGAUUUCAAGAACAAAGGAGAGGGAGAAGAAGUCUAGAAGAAUAUUAUAGUCAUCUUGCAAGUGGGGAUGGGCCAUUACGUUCUGUCUCUGCUUCAAAUAUCACUGAAAAUAAAUCUUGGAAAUCUAACAAUGAAAAAUCAUCUCCGAAGAGUUUUGGAGGUGAAAGUGUGCCAGGAUCAUCUAGUUCUCAAAGCUCAGGAAUUUGUUUGAGUGAUGUAGAUACAAAACACAAUUUCUCUACCACAAGUUUUGCUCAACUUUCAAAGUUGAGGGACCCAAACAGUAAUUCUAUCAGUAUUGUAUAUAUGCCUCAUGAAAGAGAUGUAUUAGAAAAAGAGAAAUUUUCUGUUAAAUCUUCUAAUGCUAGAAGAACUGAUGGUGAAGGUAAAAAAACAACCUUUGCUGCUUUACCUAAUACAACAACAUGGCAGCAGCAACGUGCAGCUAAUAUCAACUUUCCUCAAACAGAUUCUGGGCAUGAAACUCCAACUGAAUCAGGUGAUAACUUAUUAAAUGUGCAGCUGUGUGAUAUUCGAAUGAAACUUGAAGAAAAGAAACGAAAAAUUGAGCUUAAAAAAAAGCGUAUGGAGCUAUUGUGGAAAAAGCAGCGUCAAAAAUUAGGCAAAGCAGCUUUCUUGCAAGCUGUUAGUAAGAAUGCUGGUAUUGAUGCAGGAACACCUGAUAGUGGAACUGGUAAAGAAGUCUGUGGAGCAGAAUAUCCUCAGUUGAAAGAAACAGCUGCUAUUGCUUCCCCUACUCUGGUGAAACGGAUGUCUAUGCAAGAAAUUGCAGAAGAUUUAGACAAUGUGCAGAAGAAGUGGUUAAACCAAAAUGAUACUGUUGAACAAUUAGCCUUGCAAGAUAUAACUGUAGAACCUAGUUUGGACUUCAUUAGUGAUGUUGAUACUGAAAAUUUAAAUAUUGAUCUUCAGACUUCUAUCGAACACCUAAAUACUAGUCUUACUGAUUUGCAAGCUGAUAUAUCCCGAAUUUCUCUUCAACAAGAACAAGUUGAGAAUCUAAUGAAAGAUAGUAUUGAUGAUAGCUCACAUUUCUUUCUUCAUAGUCAACUUGAAUCUCCAAUCAGUAAAGGACAUGGUCAGUGGGAUUUUAAUGAUUCUUCUUUUCUAACUAAACGAGGUAUAUGUUUUACAACUCCUGGCUUUGUUGCAUCACCUCAAAUACCAGGACAAAAUUUCAUUAAUAAUCAAACAUUAGAUUGCACUGCUGCUUCCUUAUCACCAUUUCCUAGUUUAACAAGGUCACCUGCUAAAGAAGAUUUAUAUUCUAAAGUUAUAAAGCCAGAAAACCGACAAAAACAAAAUGUAUCAAAACCUCAGGCAGUUGCUUCUGUGUCAAAUAAAAUUCACUCAGAAAAUAUUCCAGUCAUAUCAUCUCAUGAUCCUUCAAAAUCAAAGUCUUCAAAUGAACAAUUAAUAAAAGCAAAGCCUACAACUGAAAUACAUGUUGUGUUACCUCAAGUGCCAGAUAACAACAAACUUGAAGAACCAGAUCUUCAUAAAAAGUCUAAAGAUGAUAAACAAGGCUUUUACAUUCCUAUUGAAAAAGACACAAAGAAAACAAAAUCUAAAACAUUUAGGAGCAUGAAACCUGCAUUAGAAAUUGAUGUGCCAAAGCAAGUAAGUGACCAAAUGGUGCCAACCGAUGUUCCAGAAGAUACUAGUUCAUUUGGUUUUGUUAUUGGUGCAGAUUUGGUGCAUCCUGAUCCGGAAGCUGAAACAGAAAUGGCUCGUAAAAAAGAAAUGAUCAUGAACAUGUCUAUUCAAAGAAAAGCUGAAUAUGAGCGAAAACGAGCACAGAAAGAACAGGAGUAUGCACAAAUCAAAGAAGAAGAAAGGCGAAAGCAAGAAUAUCUUGAAAGAAAGAAGGAGGAGGAAAAGAGAAGGCGAGAAGCAAUUCUUGAACAAUAUCGACAACGAAAAUUACAGGAAGAGCUUGAAAAAGAAGGCAGUCUUCCUCAUAAAGAAAUUACAGUGAAACCUUCCUCUAAACUAAGAACAAGUGUCCAUCAAGUUAAGAAGAAUAAUCGCCUUAGUUCAAACUUCACAAAACCUGUCGUGGAACUUAGGAAUCAUUUAACUCCUUUGAAACAAAACAGGAAAGAAUCCAGACCAAGACCUAAGUCUGCUUAUGUGCCUAUGAAUAGUGAGCUAUCUUCUUUAAUAUCCAUGGCCAAUAGUGCUGCAAACAAAAGAAAUUCUCAUAUCUAUUCUGGUAGGGAAAUGCAAGAGUUUGAUCUGGAUUCUUUGAAUAGUGCUAGUACUUCUGCAUCAUCUCAUGACAGGCCCAAGAGCCCUAGUAAUUGUUUCUCAUCUCAGAGAAAUGCAAAUUUACAAGUUCCUGAAGGUAGUGGACCAUCAAGCGAUGGAGCGUCAGAUACAGCUUCUAAUGGUUCAUCUGUGGCAGCUGCAGAUUACACUGGACCUAAACUAUUUGUGAAACCUACUGCUAAAUCAAACAGGGGAAUAAUAAUAAAUGCCAUAAACACUGUGCUAGCUGGAGCAGUGAAUGCCGACACAAAAAAGAAAGUUUUAGAGGAAAUUAAUCGAUCUGAGAGCAAGCAUUUUCUAAUUUUAUUUCGUGAUGCCGGUUGUCAAUUCCGAGCUCUUUAUACAUAUAACCCUGAGAGAGAAGAAGUGUGCAAGCUAUAUGGAAUAGGACCAAAACAUGUUACGGAUAAAAUGAUGGAUCGAUUUUAUAAGUAUAAUUCUGGUGGAAAGUGCUUUAGUGAAAUACAGACAAAGCAUUUAACAGUAACCAUUGAUGCCUUCACAAUACCAAACAGUCUAUGGGCUGGCAAAAAAGUUAUUCCUCCCAGGAAAGAAUUCUUUUGACAUAAAUAUUAAUUUCCUUAUGUUCAUAUUUUCACUGAAAAAAUAUACCUAAUCAUGCCUUAGUCUGAUGUGUGCCAAUAAUGAUCAACUAAAGCCAGUGUAUUUGCUGGUGAGAGUAGUUAUAAUGACUGCUGUAUCUACCAAACUGAAGAAUAUAUCUUCAGCAAUUCCUCUUCUAUCAUGAAAGAACUAACAUAGUGAAUGCAUUCUGAAAACAGUCUGUACAGUUCAAGCUUUUAUACUGAUGUUUAUUUGUCAAUCUAUACCUACUUUUUUAUGUCAAUAUGUUUUGUAAAUUUUUCAUGAAGCUGUGUGAUGUGGUUAAUGCUUGCAAGUACAUGAAUGCUGUUAAUUGUAAGAGUGUUCAGACUCUGUUCUUAUUGGUGCUGUGUGUUAGCUUCGUCAUUUGUAUAUUAAAAUGUUUUACCUAACUUGUGAUAUGUUUGUUUAAUAAGUACUUCAUUAAUCUCGCUUUACAUUUUAUAGAAUAUCACUGUAAAGUUUUAAUGAAAGUGCCGAAUUUUUUUAAUUAAAGUUCUUUGUUAUGUAGUUUUUAAUGCAACUAAGUUAUUUGUAUACAGUUUUAUAUUAUGUCUGCUUGAAAUUUGAAAUAUUAGGUCUGCAGCAUAAUUAACAAGCAAGUUUUAGUUUUUUUGUGUGGAUUUCUUUCUUUAAUGAUGUGAUUUUUUUUAAUCUUUUGUCAAAUCUUUUAAUUUUAUACUUAUUUAUGAAAGAAUGAAUUAUAUUUUAUUACUG